CACUCCACUGUUCCACCCCGUUAUCUACGGUAAUGCAUCGUGGUUCUCUAUUGUCUCUCAUUCGUUUACCAAUAAUUUUCGUACCAUUGUCAUUUUGCCAAAAUUUCGCCGGUUAAAAAAAAGAGUAAAUAUGAAGAAGGUGAACACUUUGUAUAACUAUUUUAUAUCGCCAAAGGGUGACAAGUCGAUAAAAUGUAAUUCUCUGGCAGAUAAAUUUAAGGAGAAAUCAACAACGAAAAGAGAACACAAGGAAAAAGGUCAAAUGGAACUUGGCAGUAUAAUUGAAGAAAAAGAGAAAAGAGCGCAAGACAAAAUAGACUCCAAACUAGAAACGCCGAAACGAAAAAAAGACUUAUUUAAAGAAAAAAAGGAUACUUCGGAUCGUAAAAGGACUAUUGAUGACGAUGAUAGUGGAGAAGUGCCUCCAGUAAACAGUAAAAGAAGAAGGCUCGUGAUUCCAGAUGAUGAUAGUGCUGAGUCAGGGGACGAAUUUAAACCAGAUUCGCCAAAUGAAGAAUCAGAAUCUUCAUCUGAAAGUGUCCUUAGUGAUAGUGAACCUUAUACACCAAGUGAUGAUGAAUCUCCCAAAAAAAAACAAAAACUAUUUAAUGCAGCGUCUCGAGCAAAUAAGGGUCACUUUGGAAGCAAAAAACCCAUCGAGAAAAUACCCUUGUCAUGUAUGCAAUCUACUCUGCAACCAUCUGCUCAAGAACAAAAGUCAACUAAGAAACCUGAUACGUGGCCUCAUCUGAAAUACGAUUUUGUACUGCCGAGUAAAAUACGGGAUAUGCAAAAGAGAUCAACCGGUCACCCUGACUAUGAUUCUAGGACUCUUUACGUUCCACAUGAGUUCCUCAAUAAUCAAACGCCCGCAAUGAGACAGUGGUGGGAGUUAAAAAGCAAACACUUCGACUGCAUUCUUUUUUUCAAAGUCGGAAAAUUCUACGAAUUGUACCACAUGGACGCAGUUACAGGAGUAAACGAACUUAAUUUGUCUUACAUGCGUGGAGAAUUUGCGCAUUCUGGAUUCCCUGAAAUAGCGUAUGGCCGCUUUUCAGCGAGUUUAAUCGAGAAAGGGUACAAAGUUGCAAGAGUAGAACAAACUGAAAAUCCUGAUAUGAUGAGCAAGCGUGUUGCUAAAAUGAGCAGGCCAUCCAAGUUUGACAAAGUAGUAAAGCGAGAGAUAUGUCAAAUUAGUUCAAGAGGUACUAGAGUCUAUACUGCCCAGGAUGUAGACGCAGCUGUGCCUAAUUCUAGUUAUUUAUUGGCUCUGACGGAAAAGCAGUACAAUGGGCAAAAAACACCUUCUUAUGGAGUUUGCUUCUUAGACACAACGAUUGGCGAUUUUUACCUUGGACAAUUCACGGAUGAUCGUUGUAAUUCCAGGCUCCUGACUUUGUUCGCCCAUUAUCCUCCAGUUCAUAUAAUCUACGAACGUGGUACUUUAUCUCAGAAAACCAUGAAUAUCUUAAACGGUAUGCUCCAAUCGGCAAUCAAAGAACCUCUUCAAAAAGAUGUGCAGUUUUGGUCGGCUACGAAAAUCUUGGAGCACCUUCACGAGCAAGAGUAUUUCAAGAACGGGGAGUCAAAGUUUGAGUGGCCUAAAGAACUGGAGCCUUACCUAAAUCCAGGAGAUAGUUUGGGAUUAACUCCAGCAGAAGGUAAAGAGUUAGCUGUAAACGCUCUUGGAGGCUGCGUGUAUUUAUUGAGAGACUAUUUUUUGGAUCAACAGUUAUUGGCACAAGCACGCUUUAAAUCGUAUAUGCCGCCUGAUUUUACCAGUGGUGGAACACAAUUUCCUAAUAAUAUGGUUUUGGACUCUAUUACCAUCAAUAACUUGAAGAUACUGACCGGUGAAGGUUCGCUUAUGAAAAUGCUCGAUCGUUGCUGCACGGCAUUUGGUAAAAGGCUGCUGCGCGAAUGGAUUUGCAGACCUUCUUGUCGCAAGUCCGUUAUCAUACCACGGCAAGAAGCCAUUACAGAGCUAAUGGAUAGAGUGGAUGAAGUGCGGAAUGCACGCAGCAUGAUGAGCGUUCUUCCAGAUCUCGAGAGACUUCUAAGCAAGAUUCACGCACAAGGAAACCAUGCGAAGAUGUAUAAUCAUCCUGAUGGUAGAGCCAUUAUGUUCGAGGGACCCACCUACUCAAAGAGAAGAAUUGUAGAUUUUAUAACCGUACUGGAAGGGUUUGAAGAAGUAUUGAAGAUAAUCAAUCUUUUCGAUGAAUUCAACAGCCAUCUUAUUAAGCGUUGCACACUUCUUGAACCUGCAGGCGAUUUUCCAGAUUUGAGAAACGCACUAGACUAUUUCAAGUCAGCCUUCGAUCCAGAGGAAGCUAAAAAAGCAGGUUCUAUACUUCCUAAGAAAGGCGUAGAUGAAGAAUACGAUGCAGUCUUGGAAGAGCUUGCUGAAAUAAAAAAAGCCGGAAAUAAUUACUUGGAACAGCAGAGAAAAUUCUUUGGUGUAAAAGUAUCUUUUUUCGGACAUGAACGUAAGCGCUACCAACUGGAAGUACCAGAUUCUCAAGUGAGGAAAGUCAACUCUAGUUACGAACUGCAAUCUCAACGUAAAGGAUUCAAAAGAUAUUAUACUGCUGAAGCGAAGGAACUGCUAUCGAGACAAUGUGAAGUAGAAGAACACAGAGAUAAAGUGCUGAAAGACCUGAAUAGGAGACUUUUUGCAAAGUUCAGCGAAAAGUAUGACACGUGGAAUUUAGCGGUUCACAAGUUGGCAACUCUUGACGUUCUUAUUUCGCUUGCUGAAUAUUCAAAUAGUGACACCACAUGUAUUCCAGAAAUUUUUGAUGUUUCGGAUGGAAAGACUGUGCUCGAGGUUAGAGAAGGAAAACAUCCUUGCAUUAUGUCAAACAAUUUCAUCCCUAAUGACACAUUUUUGGCGACCAAUGAAGUCAAGCAAUUGGUGAUUCUCACUGGACCAAACAUGGGCGGAAAGUCUACCUUAAUGCGACAAAUUGGAUUGCUAGCCGUCAUGGCCCAAAUUGGAUGUCGGGUUCCAGCAAGCUCCUGCUCAUUAACUAUAGUCGAUCGCAUUUUCACCAGAUUGGGUGCCAACGAUGACAUUAUGGCGGGUCAGAGUACUUUCUUGGUUGAACUGAGCGAAACUUCUGCAAUUCUGCAGCAUGCCUCGCCGUAUUCUUUAAUUCUGCUUGACGAAUUGGGAAGAGGAACUUCAACUUAUGAUGGAACGGCAAUAGCAGCUGCGGUUGUCGAUGCUCUGACAAAAAUGAAAUGCCGCACUUUUUUCUCUACUCACUAUCAUUCUCUGGUCGAAGAUUACAAGACGAACGAGAAUGUCACACUGGCACACAUGGCCUGUAUGGUGGAGACAGAAGGAGAGGAGGCUGUUUCACAGGAAACUGUCACCUUCCUUUAUAAGUUGAGUAAAGGAGCUUGUUCCAAAUCUUACGGGUUUAAUGCUGCUCGUCUUGCCGGUGUUCCGUCAUACAUCACGCAGAAGGCUCAUGAAGUAGCCCAGCAACUCGAACGAGAGACCAACCUAAGACACAUAUUUGCCUCCCUCUGCAAACUCACCAAUGAAAAUACGGUCAAAUCUAUGAUCGAAGCCAUUUAACAAUUUUUAAUUUACACGUGAUUAAAAACGGAGGGUUUAUAGUUACCCAGUUUAUUACUUACUUUAAAAACAUUGAUGCUCUGUGGAUAUCAGCGAUGCUAUUUUCAAUUUUAAUACAAAUUAAAACCAAUCGUUCCAGCUGGCCAGCGCAAAGUUUUCAGCUACAAAAUGAAAGACGUCAAUAUUUACGAUUUAAGAUUUGUUCUCUAUAAUUUUCAGUCAAUUUAUCUUUCUGUCUUUCCCUGAAUAAACAAUUUUGAUCAAAAAA